CUCUUUAAUUCGUCUGGCGAGGGUGCCCAGCGAGCGCUUGUGGUAAGUGUCGCGCGCCAUGGCUGCGGAUGCGGUUGCGGCGAACGGAGGAAGCCCGAGACAAUUGGUGGUUACUCUCAGUAUGGAAGGUUGGGAAGCAUCGCCCGGUAAAGAUGCAGUGGAGUGAGAGAACGACCAAAGGGAGGGCGUUGAGGCAGAGGUGAGGGGUUGAAAAGAAAAAGAACGGAGGGGGAUGAUGUGAAGGAAAAGAGUCGAGCCGGAAGCAGGUGAAGAUGGAAGGUGAGAGAGAGUGUGUAAAGUGAAAGUGGAAGUGCAAGUGAAAGUGAGGUAAUGACGGCAACUCUCCCCGUCCCUCAAUUCCUUUCCAUCCCUCCACUCUUCACUCUUCACUCCACUUCGAGCCUCCUUCUUUCAUCACCCAUCGCUUGGACAGCCUUGAAAAUGAGAAGACUAAGAGAGAGAGAUGAAAACACUUAUUCAAGCAACCCGUCUCGUGCUUUGCCAUCUAUGGAUUGCAAUGAACCGUGCAGGCCGAGCAACCAAAGCCGGCGGUCCGUGACCCGAUCGCAUUUCCCUGUUUGUCGCACCGACACGAGGCUUGCUUGGUACUUUUGUUUCUUGAUUGACUCCUCCAGGGAUUGCUCGUUUGAUAGCAUCAAGCCUGUGGGUAAACAGAAAGUCAAGCCAAUGCAUGGCCCCGGCUGCAUUGUGAGACCUCACAUUCUAUUUCCGAAUCUAGGCCCAUCCUGCAUGAGGUCGGAUAACCGGAGUAUCUAUGAUGUUCAGAAGUACAGUACUCCGUACAGGCUACACUCUUCUGUCAUUCACAUCUGCACACGUUGGAUGCAGCAUUGCAAACCGGAACAUCACAUCCUGAAUCUACCCUAUUGGCUACUGCUUUCAUGAUGGUUUCGGUGGCAGCGCUACGAAGACCUAGAACACGCACCCUGUGAAGACAUGUCUCGGCCCCAGAAGUUCUUUCGGCCACUGAGAGUAGUCCCCUGUGUUCCCGGUUUGACUGGUUCCGAUUGGAUCAAGUG